AUGCCAGCCACACUUGAGCCAAUCCGACGCGUCAAGUGUACUUACAAAGACUGCAACAUGUCCUUCGAGACGGAGAAGAUCAUGAAGAACCACAAGAAGCACACUGAUGAACACGAGUACUGUCACAAAUGCGAUGAGGACUUUGAUACUUUCGAGGACUACGCCAUGCAUAAGAUCACGCGUCCGGAAGAGCACAACCUGGCAUGUCGCGUCUGCGGUGACGAGUUCAAGAGCAAGUCAGGUCUCAAGCGCCAUAUCGAGCUCAACCACAAGGUCAACCAGAAGCUCACUUGCAUCGGCUGCCAGAAGUCAUUCUACCGCGCAUGCCUCUUCAUCGAGCAUCUUGAGUUCGGCCACUGCGACGUCAUUUCCGCAGCCCAGUUUCAAGGCCACAUUGUUCACAAACAUCUGAUUACAGAUUUGUUGAAGGACGGCCAGCAAUUGACUCGCUUUCUGCAGAAGACGUCCAAGUACGAGGCAGCCAUCGACGAUGAUGUUCGGAGGACUGGAGUAUCGCUUGAUGACGAUCCUUUAGACGACGAGCAUGAGAUAGGAGACGUCAAGUACGAGGCGAUCAAGCCGGAGAAAUCCGAAGAUGAGGAUCCCCCAGUCUUCUAUGGCCGGUACCCUCCUCUUCCCUCUCAGGCUAAGUCCAUUCCGGACGUAGACGCGGCAAUCGCGCCGAUGAUGGAGGGCAUCUCUCUUAACGGAGAUGCUGACAAUGACUCCGAUUGUUCAACAGCCGUUGGAUCUCCUGUCGUCACUGGAUAUCCUGCACGUACUAGUUCUCUUCCCGGACACUCUCAUCAAGGUCAGAGUUGCUCUUCUGUCCAUGACGAUUCGGCCGUUCAGAGUUCAAACACCCAGCCGUCCAGUCGCCAAACCAAGGUCUGGGGCUCGCGCAAAGGCAAGACAACAAGCUCUGUCCUGUUCCCCAACGCUAAGCCCAAGGCCCCUCCCAGCGACUUCUCCAUCUCUGCCCACGACGAGAUCAUGGAAAAGGAGCACGGUCCCAACCUCCUCAGCGAUCGUUUCUGGGAUCCCAUGAGUGACGACUGGAACCCCGACCGGUUCUAUGACCCUAUCGUCAGCAAGUACUUCUGUCCCUUCAUCUGCGAACAAUCCUUCCCCAUCCCAAGCGACCUCAACACGCACAUCCUAGGCGAUCACCGCAUAACCCGCAUGAAAUGCCCCAAGUGCCUCAAAUACUUCAAACACGCCACCGCACUCAUGGCGCACUGCGAGUCGCGCGGCGCCCGCUGCAAUAUCAACCAGACGGACGACUUCGGCAUCUUCCUCGACCAAAUGUCCGGCGGCUUCUUGGGCGUCGAGGAGAAGAUUCGGCCUGAUCACCUUAAUACGCGUUCUGUUAUGAUCCAGAACUCUGAGACCGGCCAUAUGGAGUUGUACAAGCCGCCGGUUGCGAGCUAUCUGCAGUAUGCGGUGACCACGCCGCCGGAUUGGAAGGAUCCGGUUAGGCAGGGUGUAACGAUUGGGGGCAUGGGCGGGGGAUCGCGGUGGUGA